UAAAUGCUGGUGGCGUUGUUAUAAUUUUUUUUUCUUAUUAAUAACAUUUGAAAAACAAUGUUUUAAGUGUUUUUAUUAGCGCCGACUUGUGGAAAAUAACAAUAUGUCGUCCAUAGAUAGUGUGCGUGUGUUAUUGCAAUCUUUGCCGGCAGCCAGUCAAGAGCAACUGCAGCCGGCGUCCAAGGGACUGGGAAUUCUAGGGGCAACAACAACAACACCAUUGCGCGCCAGAAAUCAACUGCUGCAGCAGCAACAACAACAACAACAGCAGCAACAAAUUUCCCCUGAAAAAAUAGAAGGAAAAGCAUCCGGUCCAGAUGAAUUCUGGCGUGAUCUUCAUCAGUUUCACGAGAGACGCGGAACACCCAUUACCCAGACAGCAAAGAUCAGUGGCCAGCAUGUGGAUUUAUAUAAACUUUACCAAGAGGUCACCGAACGAGGUGGCUUCAGCAAAGUCAAUAUGCGGGAUGAAUGGGAUGAAGUGUACACGGCCAUGGAGACGCUCCGCGAACGCUGUGUUAAUGGCACGGCCGGCAUAAAGCACAUCUAUCGCCGUUACUUGGAUAAAUAUGAGAAACUUAAUUUCUUCGGCGAAGAUCCAGACAAAUUGGAAGCCUUGGAGGCGGCCAUUGAUAGAGAUGUAGAGAUGAGUGGCGGUGGUGGUGGAGGACGUGCCCGGUCUAGAGCCAUGGCCGGUGGAGGAGGAGUCAGCAGUAUUUUUGGCUCGUCCUAUGGCUCCAGUUUACCCGCCGUGCCCAUGUCUUAUAAUCAGCGGCAACAUAUUGUAAAUGCGGACAGACGACGGCAAUAUAAAUUGUCCACACAAUUGCAUCGACAUAGCAACCAUGAGAAGCUUUUACUCUCGUUGCUUUCGCCUUUGCCCAAUGAACAGGAUUUCGCCAUCAAUGUGUGCACCCUGAUGGCCAAUGAGAGUCGCUAUCGACUGGAUUUGGUUGAAUGUCCGAAGCUGCUGGAUGUUUUGCUAGCCCAUUUGGGUGUCUAUGCGGAUUAUACUAUACGAAAAUUGUUCCAGCACAGCUAUGAGCAAGUUCGUCAUCAUUCGCAAAAGCAAUUCUGGAGAGAUUUGUUAAAUGAUAAGCCCCAAAUCCUUGAUCUCUAUACGGAUGAGCAGGCUUGGGUGAAUAAUGGUCUAAUUGAGAAGGAUGAUGAAGAGGGAAAGACCCAAAUGCCGGAUUUCGAUGACUACUUUGACAAUUUGGACUUUUUAAACUUGCGUCGGAGUCAUGGCACGGAUGAGCGCAUGGGUCAGAGAGUUUUACAGAUUGUUCAAUUGAUGAGGAGUCUAAGUUUCCAUCAAGAGAAUCUGCCCCUAAUGGCAUCAAAUCGUACACUUUGGCGGUAUCUGGUGAUGGGUUCCAAUGUGCGAUGGAGCAAUAUUCAUAUCCAGGCUCUGGAGACGGCGGGUAAUCUGGCCCACCUCUUUGAACUGCAAGAUCCCAACACAGACGAAUUGUCACGCAAUCUAUUGGCCACCCUCUGCGAGGGCAUCGAGUCUAAUGAUAGAGCUGUGAUCAUCUGCUGUUUGGAAAUUCUCUACAAGCUCUGCUCACGCGAGGGCAAUAGUCGUCAUAUCACUAGUCGUCUGGGCUUGGAGUUCUACCAACGCGUCAUGCUAUUGCUAUCCCUCACCGAUGUGAUGCUCCUCAUCUUUACUUUGGAGGCCAUCUAUGCCCUCAGCUCUUUGGGAGCACGUCCCUGUUCUCUGUUGAUGCAGGUGCGCGGAUUGGUUGAUCAACUGGUGGCCCUUGUUACUGUGGAAGCGGGCACUUAUGGUGUGGCUGGAUGCAUAUUGAUGCGUGUUGUGGAGGUCGUGCCAGGCAAUAUGUUGCCAUCGGUGGCCCAAAAUAUGGUCACAUCUGCAGUGGCUAAUCAGAAUCCUGGAGCUGUAGUCAAUUCUUUGAAGACUGCCACCGUGGCAGCUCUGCCGCCGCCUACUCCCGCCCAGACGCAAGUGCUGCAUCCUCAGGGAGAACCUUUGCAGGCUCCACCCAUGCCCAGCCUGCCGCAGGUUCAGUUGCCGGUGCCCAGUUUGCCCCAGGUCCAGUUACCACAGACAGUUCUGGCGGCGGCGGCAGUUGUACCUGCUCCGGCACCCACUAUGCCAGCUCCUCCAUCGGCUCCGCAGAGUUUCACCCAUGACGAUGAGCAAUAUGCUUUGGCUUGGCUGGGUGCCACUUACGAGAGAGCUGCCAUGGGUCACGAUUGUCGUGUAGAUCAACAAGAACUCUAUAGGAUUUACCUCUCCCAUUGCCAGAAGACGGGAAAACUCUCAGUGGUCAAUCACGUGCAAUUUCCCCGUUUGGUCAGAUUAAUAUUCAAUCAUACUGUGGGUCCGGUUAUAGUCCGUCAACUGGAUGGCACAGAGUUGCCGGGAACACACUAUGUGGGCAUAAAAAUGAGAGCUCAACCCUUGCUGUUACAUCAGAAACAACAGCAGCAGCAACAGGGGACACCGACAAUAGUGACGGUGGUGAAGAAAGACUUACCAGUGCCAGUGGUGGCCAAGCCGCCCGGACUGGAGGUGUCGCAGUCGGUUGAAUCCUCACCAGCACCACAGCAUGCUCCGCCGAUGCCCCCCUUAUCCCAGCAAAGCGAUGAGUUGCCCACUCCAGCGCCGGCGCAGCAACCCACUUCAUCUUUGAUUAAGAGCCUCUUGGCCAACAAGGUCACAGAACGCCAACAAAAGCAAAAGAAUCAAACUCAGCCGCCGGCUUUGGUGGCUACUACAACAACAUCCUCGACGACACAACCCAUUAAGGUCACAUCGACGGCCAUCAGUGCCUUUGUCAACAAUCCUUUGAUGCAGCAUACCCCGGUCAAGGUGGGUCAGACCACCAUUAAGCCACUCAAUCCACAAAUGGCUCUCGAAAAGAAAACCCACACGGAUUCGGCUCCUCCGCCAUUGGCGCCAUUGAGUGGUGCCAAUGUCCUAACCAAAGAUCCCAACAAGAGGACGCUGAUUAUUGCCAAACGUAAAAUGACCAUGGAUGAGGAGCAUGGCAAGCGGUUGGCCUUGGAUGCGGCUUCGGUUGCAAAGCAAGAGCCCGAACCCCAAGUGACACCCUCAAAGAAUGCCGCCAAUCUCUAUGCGGACUUGGCUGCCUCCAUACUGGAAGAUGAGGAAUUGGAUGAUGUUCCUCCCCUAGCUGCCGCCAGUCAGGAUCAACAGCCGCAGCAACAACAACACCAGCAGCAGCAACAGAUGCUCAUACCAGCCAAGGUCCAGGCCACCUCUGGCGCUCCAAGGCAAUUAGUUUUCCCCUCCAACCCAGGCGGAGGAGCAGCACCCCAGCUUAAGUUGGCCACCACGGCCACCAUUAAAACAGAUCAGGGUUUCCAAACGGUUCCAGUCAUUCUACAAUCGAAAACAUUGGAAACCACUCCCGCUCCGCAGACGCAAUACGUUCUGGCCACCAAUCAACAGGGUCAAACCUAUUUGGUAGCUCAUCCGCAAGCACCGCAGCAGCAGACGAAAACCAUAAUCAUUCUCCAGCAGCCGGGAUCACCAGCCGUAGUGGCCAGUGCAGCGACUCCGAAUGUGACGGGAACCCAAAAGAUGAUUAUGACCACUGCACAGGGGCAACAGGUUUUGGUCACGACCACAGCACCAGCGCCAGGUGGUGGUGUUGGUCAGGCACGUCCAUCGGGACCACAGCAACAGAUCUUUGUCACACCCGCUCAGCGUCCGGUGACCUCUUUGGCGGGAGCUGGCCAAAUAUCACCUUCGUUGCUGUCUCAGCUGAAUCAAAUCCCGGCUACCAUUAAAUUGCACCAACCAGGCACUAAUCCCAACCAGCAACAACAGCAGCAGCAACGUCUGAUAGCGGCCAAGCCAACGACCGCUGCUCUGCCCAUUCCCCAACUGCAGCAGCAUCAAUCGAUUAUACAACAACAUAUAAUCUCGGGACCAGCUCAAACUGCCGGAGUGAUGAAUGCUCCCGGCGAGAAGAGGCAAAUUAUUUUGGGUGGUCUUAAGGAGACCACUUUGAUUACUCAAACACCGGCACCGGCAGCUCCUCUCCAGCAGAGUCAGCUCAAUUCUCAGACUAUAAUUACCACACAGCCGCCGCAGCAGCCGCCCACGACUGGUGCAGUCCUGCAGCAACAGCAACAACAUAUAAGGAGUGUCCUGGAGCAGCAGCAACAACAUCAUCCGUCGAUUAUCCAACAAAAGAUUACCAUGCCAACGAUGUCGGAAACUAUGAAACCGAAGACUAUUCUUCCACAAAUCACACAGGUUAAGAAGCCGCCAAUACAAACCACUGGGCCUGUGCUCAAACCCAGCCAAGAGACGGCUGCAACCGGCAUAGAGCAACCUACAUUGGUGCCCUCGCCACAGGCCACACCGGCGCCUACACCAACGGCCACUCCAAUGCCCACACCGGCUUCCACGCCAACUCCUCCGCCAUCUGGGGCACCUAUUGUGGUGGCCAUCUCUUCUCAUCCUCCUGCACCGAAUCCAGUUCCAACUGUUCCCGAUGAUGUCAAUUGGCUGUUCAUUUGCGAUUGGCGCAAUUGCCCGAGGCGCAAAUUCAAGUCUCUCAAUGAUCUACAGCAUCAUGUGUGCAAUGUCCAUUGCCCGGAUCACUUGGAUGCCGGAGCCGAGAUCUAUUGCCAAUGGGGUAGUGGUCCCGGUUUCUGCGACAAUAUUGCCAGGAAGCGAUAUUCCCUGAUGACUCAUCUGAUUGAUCGGCAUUUGACUCAGGAUGAUUUGCGUAUCAGCAUGCAACGUCGAUUGGCCACAGGCAUUCAUAAUAUAUCCCCGUCCCAGCAUCCCGUGACUAUUGUACGGAAUGUAAAUGCUCCGGCAGCAUCAUCAACUGCUUCACCAGCAGCAGGAGGAGGAGCCACUGGCCCGGCCACAGGUCUGGGUACGACUGUGGGUACUUCUGCUUUGCAGGCCAUUAAGCGUUACACUGCUGACUUUGCCAAUUCCAAAGAGCUAAUGGACGAGAAUGAGGGACCUGUGACCAAGAGCAUUCGCCUUACAGCCGCCCUCAUCCUAAGGAAUUUGGUUAACAAUACUUCGACAGCCAAGAGAAGUUUGAAACGCUAUGAACCGCAUUUGGCCAAUGUCGCCUUGAGCAAUGUGGAAGCCAGUGGUGUUCUAUCUCACAUCUUGUACGAGCUUAGCCAGUAGCUGCUUCAGCUCCUUCUUCCCCCAAGUCUAUGUGUCUUUUUACUCAUUUUUCUCUUACUGUCUCUGACUGUCCACUUUAUUUUUAUAUGCAUACUUACCUUAUAUUACACAUACAUGUAUUUUUAUAGUCCCUAAAUCUAAUUGACUCUUGUAACUAACUAACGACACUAUUAAAAUGUGAAAAGGAUAAAGCCACUA